GACGAGAGUGGUGACGUACGGCCGAAUCGCAGUCGUUGGCAUUGGUCGACCAGCCUUUCAAAACCUCCUUCCUUGAUUCUUUUUUUUUCUUUUACUUUUAACCCUCCUCUUUUUUAGAUACAAACAUACGCGCAGCCAAAGGCAUCUGGAACGACUUGUUACAGUUGAUGAUUUUACUGGACUCAUUAGCGAGAGGGAAUGAGACUUGUUUCAAAGAACGUUUUUGAUGGUCUUCAGAUGUGCGUGUUCUCGAAGAUAUUCCAUAAAAAAGCGAAAUACAUGAACCUUCUGUAAGCACGUAGUCUGGUUUCGUCGUCUGUUGUAGAAUGGUUUUGCUUUUGUAUCCAUGCGCUUGACGAUUCCAUGUGACUGGUUAAGAAAACACCGCAGAGACAAAAAUAGGUAAAUAGCAUACACACAAAAACACAAUUCGACUUUCCGGGGAGAAACUUUACAAAGCUCGUAAAUCCUCGGGAAGAAAGGAUCCCAAACCUUCUCCUGAAAGAAUCAGAGACUCUCUUGGUGACGCUCUGGAAAGGAGAAGGAUUCUGCCGAGUGGUGUUGGUACGUCGUCUUUCGCCAAGACUCCUGAAUGACGUUCGCAAGGACUCGUUCUUGACGGGUUCUCUAUUAUAAUCAAAAUAUUUAAAAUCUCUUAGUCUUACAUCACGCAUCCACACGCACAAAUCUCCGUUGGUGUCAGAACCGACCCCUCCCCCCUCAAAAAGACCAAAAAUCACAAGAAACACUGUAUGAAAAAUAGAUAAAUCUCCCAAGAAGCGAACCAGGAUGUUGCUCUGAGCAUCCGCAGCGAGAGGCCGCGCGGGGAGAGUGUGCCUGUAGUAGUGAGCUUUAGGAGUGAACCUGUGGAGGAGAAUGAACCAUAACGGCUGUGUCUUGUUGAACGGUCAUUCCGAGGGACACAGCGCGACGACAACCACGACGAAAGCCGCAAACAACGAUAAAACAUCGUCUUCAUCGUCCUCGAACAACAACAUUAACCACAACAACAACAGUAACAACAUCAUGGGUAAACUCACACAGCCAGAGAGCAACAACAUCGUUAACAACAACAACCUCACAGUCAACGGGCAGAAAGCCACACAAGAAAUGGAAGGCCGCGCAGGCGCAGUGGUGGGCCGCCGAGGUGACCCCAAAUACCUUGACGUCAUCAGGGAGCGGCCAAUCCGGGUCACUGUCAAGGUGCUUGUGCCAGUCAAGGAGCACCCAAAGGCAUGGGAGAUCCCUAAAUGGACGUCUAUAUGGAACUCAAUUUCUCUAACUUAA